AAUCUAUCUAGAAACAAAAGUACAACUGAUUGAUGCAGUUUUAUUGUGGAGGGUGAGCGCCGCUCGCGUUGCUGUGGGUUUUUUUUUUGUUCCCGGCUGUAGUUGCAGGCUGUGUGUCGGAGCAUGCCCAUUCAGCCCAUUCAUGCAGCUGUGCCGUGGAUUAGACCCAGCAAGAAGGAUGGCAGCGAUGUGGAGGAGUGACAUUUGCAAUGCAGCGCUCUGCGGCGCGCUUUCCACUUGGCCGGUAGCAGCUCUGCUUUCAUUUCAAGCCGGGCUGUACCCACAUUGCACGCUGUGCCGCUUGCUGCCCCCCGUGCCUUUAUAAGCACUCAGGGCUGGGUUCGACCCCGUUGAAUCACCCGCUGCUCCAGGGGAAGAGCGGAUUCCUGUGCACUCACUGACACGCUGUGUUGCAGCUGAUAGUUGUGUUUGCUGCAAACUGUGCACGCGGGGGUAGCCGAUGUAGUGCUGUUGUGAUGAAGCCAGUGUGUGUUUGGCAGCAGUUCUUCAGUGGUCACUUGUAGCCUUGCGCAGAGAUUCGCUUUAAUCAGCACUCCGUGUCUCUUUUAUGCGUGCUGUUGGCAUCGCCGUGUCUUCUAGUGAGCUGCCUUUCAAACAUGGUUGCAUUUUUCAAGUUCAAUCUUCAUGCUUAUUGCAUCUGUCACUUCUGGGAUGCGCUCCAAGCGAAAGGCAGAUUCGGUGUAAUGGCAAUGGGGUGGAAUGCACAGAAGGGUAAAAUAUCAGCCUUCUUCAGAGAUACGGCGGAGGGCUGGGAGAGGUCCGUGCUCGGUGACUGCCCCGUGCAUCACACUGCACUUUAAUGGCAGGGACUUUAAUGACUGUGUCAUAAAACGGCUCAUUGCAGCACGAAGUUACGUGUCGGUAGUAGGAGAAUUGAUGGUAAUGUUUUUAAUUUGAUUAUUGAUUCCCGGGGAAUAGAAUUAGCUCGGAUGCCAGCUUCCUAGUUGGAAGAUGUGAGCAAAACACUUCCUGGCCUGGGUUUUCGCCUCGGUGAGGUCAUUGCUGCACCACUCCCAGGGCCAGGAAUGUCCUUCUCUGUGAGCUCGCAGGCACAUUUUCUCUUGGCUUUUAAAGCAUGGUUUUGUUUGUUUUGGUUUUGUUUUCCUGAGGGCUUUGGUGAUAAUCUCAGCCCUCCCGUAAGGAUGCGUUGGAGCAGAACUCGCUGAGGAUUUGAAGCGCCCCAGUUUCGGCAUUGCAGGGCACAGGCACAAGAAUUAUAUGUCUGUGCUCUCUUUAAUUCUCUCCCUGCAGCCUCCCCCACCCGGAACUUUGGGUCAGAAAGGCUUUGGGCUGAGGGCUAUCUCAGGACGGAUGGGGGUGAGUGCUGACGGUUCCAGAUGUGCACGUGUAGGUAGGGAUGGCUUUCUGUGCUCUCUGUCCGCUGAUGGGAUUCUCUCAUUCUGUUUUUCCCACCUGAGUAAUAACACAAAAAAUGGGUUCUUCCAGUGGUUCUGAGGUCUGGCUGCUCAGCAGGAGGCUUCACAUCGCUUCAGGGUGAUGCUGGGCUCGGCUCACCCAGUGUGAAGGGCUCUCUGCAGUGGGCAUCGUGAAAUCCUUGCUGGUUACAGCAUCGUGGCAGUCAUUCUGCUGUCAGUUAGCCUUGUAGUUUUAUGUAGUGAAUAAAGAAUGGUCAGAACGAGCAGCAGGAUAUGGCUGGAGGUAGAGAUUUGGCAUGAAAUGGAAGGUGACUGUUCAGGCACUGCUGCGUGCUUGUUCACAUAGCUAAUUUUUUCUUUACACUUCUGCCAUGCAGUCCUUCGUGCUAAUAAGACAGAUGUAAUCUCUUGACAGCGGUCAUCCUUCUAAGAGGUCGCCAAGUGCUCCUGAAUUGGGGCAGACCUGUGAUGGAAUAUCAUAACAGCUCUAAAAUCCAGCUCUGCAGGGCAGGAGCCAGCAAGGAACUCAACAGAAAUCAGGAAAAUGGUGUCUGCUCCUGGAGGGGAGGAAACCAUCAGUUGUGUCAGAGCCUCAGCCUGGUGCCCUGCGAUAGAAGAGGUCUCCCUGCUUCAGAGGUGACAAAACGCAGCCUUGUUUGUGGUUCAGAUACCAAGGAGGAAUUGUCUGCACAGGAGAAGGGAUGACUCUUCAGCAUAAUCGCUUUGUUUCUUCAUCGGCGUUGCUUUCUCUUUUUUUCCUUCUUUCUGCUGAUAACAAGCAAUAGAUGGUAGGUUUCUCACUAUCAGCAUGUGGUGGCUGUGCUGAGGUCUGGGCUCGGAGGGGGAAGCCGGAGGUGGUUGGCUCAGUUACAGCGCUGCCGCUUGGCACCGAGCUGGGCCUCCUGAUCCGUCUUAAUUGGGUUUUCCUUGGUUUCCAUUUUAAUAAUUUGAUUUGGAAAAGCAGUGGAAAUAACAUUAGAGCAGUGGUGGGGUCUGACUUAAAGUGAUUACGUCGAGCCUGGUGCGGUCGGUGCGCCGAGAUGCGCUGGCAGCUCUCUGCAGCUACAGCCAUACGUGUUGAAGUCAGUUGUCUUUUGGAAGGUACUUGGUUUUUUUUCUCGUGGCUCUCCAAAAUAGGUGUAAAUUGUCCCCGAAUCUUGGCUGGCCGGAGCAUCUUUGCAUACAUCCCAUCCACCUGCAGCUCCAGGAUCUGGGAUUUUGGGGGGUCCGAGUGCUCUGCGACGUGGGAACUCGGUCCCUGUUCUGCAUGUAGUUGCCAUAGUGACUGUGCUCUCCAGUCCCUGGGAAGCUCUUGUUUAUCUCACGUAAAUGCAUCAAGUGCCACCUUGUAAUGCUGCAUCUGGCAGGAUUCUCUUUCUGUACGGAUCUGGCGGGGAUUUGACAUCCUCCUGUCCCGCAAAUUUGGAUGUUGGGUGUGUGUCAGGCACAGUCAGCCAGACUGAUAAUGGAGAUAAUUAGCACCACCAGGGAUUAGCGGGCAAUAACGAAGGCAAGCUGGAGUAAUUGCUCUGCCCCCCAGGAGCUGGCCGGGUGCUCAGCAUGGAGAUGGCCAUGGGCACACACGUGGCAAGGGCAGCAGUGCUGGUGUCUCAGGGAUACUUUCAGAAAUGGUUUUUCCACUCACUCGAAGUACUCAAGCCUCUCACAGUCAGUCAGUGCACGCUGUUACGAUGAACACACAAUGCUUUGGGGUGUACACUUGGCGUUGGGCUGUGGUUUUCAUUGCACUGAGGCCAGGCAGCGUUGCAAAUGUUUCUUGUUUCCGAGUGGGGAAAAGGGAGGUCGUGCACUCUGCUGGGCUCCUCAGGUGUAGGGUCGGGCUGCUCUGCUAUUUGCACCAGCAUAGGUCACAGUGUGUGCAGGUAGAUGGCCAUUCGCACCCUAAGCCGCUCAGCUGAUUUCAUACCGUGUGACUGAUGGAAGCACUGCAGUGAAGAAUGGAGUCAGUGGCCACAAAGCUGCCUUGUUCAGAACAGGAGGAGGAUUAAUUGAAUUAUUUCUUUUUUUUUUUUUUUUUUUUUUGAGUUUUCAAUGGUCCUGGGGCGGGGGGGGAGGGGAGAGUAAUUCUCAUUUUUGAUCUGCUGAGGUCGGUUUGCAAGGCAGGAAGAAAUGGGGAGCCAGCUCAGACAGAGGCCAGCUGCCAGAUACAGCCCUGCCUUGGUGCAGCAUGGCGUGGAGGCACAGCUGUCCUUGCUCUGAGCUGCGUGUUGUGCCUUCAGCAUCUCUUCUCCCGGCCCCAACCAUCUCUGGAACGAUUCGUUCAGGUUCUGCACUGCCUUUCCCAGUGCUGUGCAGCCCGGAUUCUGCCUCCUGUUUCACCAUGCUUUGGAUGCUCUUGGGUUAUCUGUGCACUCCUCGCUUCGCUCCCUGAUGUUUCUCUGGGGGCAAAGGUUAUCUCUCAGUUCCUUUUAUGUAGUGCUUGCCACAUUGGUCUACAAGGGGAGCUCUGAGGCACUACGAAGGAUCACAUGAAAACCAGCUGGGGCUUAUCUCGACGCGAUGCUGCCUGUUGUUUUGGCUGUUCCUCCUGCAGUGCUGUAAAUGCCACAGGAGCUCUGUUGGAGGGUUGAAAGCUGAGGCUGUGCAUACGGUAACGUGACUGUCGGGACAGCAGACACAAUGAGGCGAGUGGUACGACAGAGCAAAUUCCGGCAUGUGUUCGGCCAGGCAGUGAAGAACGACCAGUGCUACGACGACAUCCGCGUCUCCCGCGUCACCUGGGACAGCUCCUUCUGUGCUGUGAACCCCAGGUUCGUUGCAAUCAUCGUGGAUGCGAGCGGCGGCGGGGCCUUCCUGGUGCUGCCUUUGCACAAGACGGGUCGAAUUGACAAGUCCUACCCAACGGUGUGCGGGCACACAGGACCCGUGCUGGACAUAGACUGGUGUCCCCACAACGACCAGGUCAUCGCCAGCGGUUCUGAGGACUGCACCGUCAUGGUGUGGCAGAUUCCCGAGAACGGGCUCACGCUGUCCUUGACAGAGCCAGUGGUAGUUCUAGAAGGCCAUUCGAAGCGAGUGGGCAUCGUGGCUUGGCACCCGACGGCGCGCAACGUGCUGCUCAGUGCAGGUUGUGAUAAUGCAAUUAUAAUCUGGAACGUGGGGACAGGUGAAGCCCUCAUCAACCUAGAUGACAUGCACGUGGAUGUGAUCUACAACGUGAGCUGGAAUCGCAAUGGCAGCCUAAUCUGUACAGCUUCCAAAGACAAAAAAGUUCGAAUCAUUGACCCCAGGAAACAAGAAAUCAUUGCUGAGAAAGAGAAAACCCACGAGGGAGCCCGGCCCAUGCGAGCCAUUUUCCUUGCUGAUGGAAACAUCUUCACGACCGGCUUCAGCCGCAUGAGCGAACGGCAGCUGGCCCUCUGGAAUCCAAAAAACAUGGAGGAGCCAAUAGCCCUUCACGAGAUGGACACCAGCAACGGGGUCCUGCUGCCAUUCUAUGACCCAGAUACCAACAUUAUCUACUUGUGUGGCAAGGGCGACAGCAGCAUUCGCUACUUUGAGAUCACGGAUGAAUCCCCCUACGUUCACUACCUCAACACCUUCAGCAGCAAAGAGCCGCAGAGGGGGAUGGGGUUCAUGCCAAAGAGGGGCCUUGAUGUGAACAAGUGCGAGAUUGCCAGGUUCUUCAAGCUUCACGAGAGGAAAUGCGAGCCCAUCAUCAUGACCGUCCCUCGAAAGUCGGACCUCUUCCAGGACGACCUGUACCCCGACACAGCCGGCCCGGAGGCAGCGCUGGAAGCAGAAGAGUGGUUUGAGGGGAAGAAUGCUGAUCCCCUUCUCAUUUCCUUGAAGCAUGGGUACAUUCCUGGCAAGAACAGGGAUCUCAAGGUGGUCAAGAAGAAUAUACUGGACAACAAGCCUGCUGCAAACAAGAAAAGCGAUCUCAUAAGUGCUCCAAAGAAAGCGGCUGAUGCCUCAGACACUCAAAACGAAGCCAAAUUGGAUGAGAUUUUGAAAGAGCUGAAAUCCAUCAAAGACACCAUCACCAACCAAGACGAGCGCAUUUCCAAGCUGGAACAGCAGAUGGCGAAGAUUGCAGACUGAGCGGGGCUGGCGGGCGCUGCCAGCCCAACACAUUCCAGUUGCCCAGUUUGGCCAGCAGCAGCGUGCAGCAUUCCAGUACGAGCUUUCCUGUUCUCCCAAAUUCACGUCAACGAGAGCCGAUGAUUAAAGCCAAGCUUUUUAGUGAAAGAAUUUUUUUUUUUUCCUGAUGUUUUAAUGAAUUUCUGUGACUGUGUCAAACAAUUCCACGAGAAUAAGUGCUACUUUUACAGUCUCUAUUUUUUUUUUCCCCCCACAGAUGUUAUGAAUUCUUGACAAGAAACCCAAUUCUGACUCUUUCAAUGUCGUGCCCAAAUAUCUUUUCUAGACGUAGGGACCAAUGCCACAUUGUUCGUAUCCAUAUAUAUUUUUUUUUUUAAGUUGCCAAAAAAAAAGAAAAAGAAAAAGAAAAAAAAAAGUUGCUUUUUAAUUUUAUUUUAUUUGCCACUUUGCAGUAUUUGUGUUUUACAUCUAAAGGGACAGCACUGUGUGUGUGUGCGCGUGCGUGUCUGGGGGUGUUUAUACUGUUUAAAGAUCGGAACUUGAAGCUAUUUUGUAUCAAUCUUCAAUGUUGAACAAUCAGAUGGGUUUCUGAGCCCCUCGGAGGUGACUUUCCUGCCUUCCUAAUGCCUUCUGAUCAUGGUUGAAAAAUAUAUCUAUCGUUGUGAACGAA